ACGGGCCUCGCUUUUUGGGGUUACUUAUAACUUUUGCUUAUUAUUAUUAAAUAUGUUUCUCUCGAACUGGAAGUGUGGGUGCUGAGGUUUACUAUUAUAAACUAUAUAUCGCGUUGAUCUAUGAAAUUUCCAACUAGUAUUUCCUAUCGACGCGACGCUGAUCUUCAGAAUGACCACAAUAUUAUUAUUCUGAGUUUAAAAUAAAUGUUAUCAUCCAUGCUUUGUUGGUUCUGUUUGUUCACAAACAAAGUGUUUCUUUUUCACAAUCCAUCACAAGUUUCAUGACUUUCAUUCAGGUUCACUGAUUUUUAAUUUAUUCAAAAAUGGCCGAAGAUAAAGUGAUGUUUGAUCCGGAUUCAGAGGAUCAAUUGGAAAAGGAGCGAGCAGUGUGCCUUGAAAAGGACUGCCACGUCCACAAGUUCUUCCUGAAGCUGCAGGAGUGUGAGAAGCGAGUGAAGAGCAGGACGAAUACCGCGGAGACCUGCGCCGAGGAGACCUCCGAUCUCAUGGAAGCUGUCGACCACUGCGUCGGCGCCACCGCUUUCAAGCAAUUACAAUAGUUCCUCAAGUGAA